ACCUGGACCGACACGCGCCUUACCUGGUUCUUUGACACCGUUGACUACAUCGAGGUGAACCAGUCCAGCGUCUGGACACCGGAUGUGACGUUUCUUGACACGAUGUCCAGGAGCGACGUACUUAUCAACCCGCGGUACCUGGUCGUGCUGCGGAAUGGCCGUAUUGUAUGGUACAGACGAAUUCGGACCCGCAUCCUCUGCGAGGUCAACCAGACUGCAUCUACACAGGAGUGUAACCUCCGGAUGGGGUCAAAACAAUUUCCCGAAACGGAACUUGUAUUUAAGGAAGGUACAUGCAACAUGGGAUCCAAAUUGGAAAACGUCAAUUGGGAAAUCAGCUCUUUGAACAAUACUAUGGAUAUCUCCACAGUACCCCUUCCAACAAAGCUUGCGUUCCGCACAGGGAAAAUGUCUAUGGCUCAAUGUAGCCUUUCCAUAGAAGUGAAGAAUACCAAUCAGCGGACCUCCGUUGCCUCCGAAUUACAAGGAGAGGACCCAGACGAUCCCACCGACGCCGCAAGUCGCGCCAGUAUUGAACUGCUAGUUUUAGUCUGCUCUUUGAUAGGCCUGUAUAUUAGUGUGUGAGAUAUAUAACAACAUUUCCAGUUUCUAGCUGCCGGGAAAUUCGCCGCUGUUAAAUAAAAGUGAAUUGAUCAUGGCUGUAAAUAAAGGCACAUAACUUACUAUUGUGAACAAUAUUUCCAGUAUGAAGAGCGAAAUUAACAACUGGCGAAUUUUACCGGUGAAGGGCGAAUUUUUCAUUGGGCGAGGGUUUCCUGGUGUAUUUUAUAUUGAUAUUCAGUUUUCCCUGAUUUUUUUCGCGGAUAUGGGCUAUGGCGAUCUAAAUCAGACAAGUCAGGACCACAGGGUAGAUUUCAAUGAUUUCUAGUCCCUAGCAGUAUACACUGUGGUGAUAAUUUAAGAGGAGGUAAAAAAGCUAUUCAUUCAAUGUCAUAUUUUGUAAAUGAAAUUGGUCAAAUGUUUGACAAAGUCUUUUUCACCGGAUUUUUUUUAAAUCAGAGAUAGCCGCAUGCUGACUGUUGACUUAUGUCUCGCCACAUAUGUUAUGUCACGUGACAUAGGUUAUGUCACAUACCACAUAGGUUAUGUCACGUGACAUAGGUUAUUUCACACGCCCCAAAGGUAAUGUCACGUGAUAUAUGUUAUGUCACGUGACAUAGGUUAUGUCACACGCCCCAUAGGUUAUGUCAGGUGAUAUAGGUUAUGUCACACGCCACAUAGGUUAUGUCUCACCACAUAUGUUAUGUCACGUGACAUAGGUUAUGUCUCGCCACAUAAGUUAUGUCUCGCCACAUAGGUUAUGUCAGGUGAUAUCGGUUAUGUCACACGCCUCAUAGGUUAUGUCACGUGACAUAUGUUAUGUCACGUGACAUAGGUUAUGUCUCGCCACAUAAGUUAUGUCUCGUCACAUAGGUUAUGUCACACGCCUCAUAGGUUAUGUCACGUGACAUAGGUUAUGUCUGUUUGUCCUUAUGGUGGGAUUUAUAUUAACGGGGCCUCGCUUUAUCCCGGCACUGUUUGUCCUAAUGGUGGGAUUUAUAUUGACGGAGCCUCGCUAUAAUAUUUUCCCGGCACUGUUUGCCCUAAUGCAUGGAUUUAUAUU